GCGGCGGUUACAGCUUCGCCGGCUUGUUGACGAAGCGAUAGCAGUUUUUUUUUUCGCUUCUCUCCAGCACAGGAACAAAACACAAGGUCCUGGUGCUUGUGACAGCCUUUACUGCACCAGGAUCAUGCAACCGCAGCAGUAUUCAAAAGAACGUGGAUAUGGGCUCCUGGGGAAGCUGUGUCUUGGGGCAAAAAAGCUGGAGGGAAAGACCUUCUACCUGGACAAUGUGAAGAAACAGCCAACAGUCCUGCUUUUGGAAUCCAUCUCUCUUUUUGGAGGGAGGGUCGAGAGUUUUCUACACAAGGAUGUAAACUUUGUUGUGACUGGAAACAAAGAAGGCCUGGACGAGAAAAAUAUUGUUUCCAAGGGUGGGGCAAGCCAAUCAGCCCAACAACUGAUUAAGCAGCGGGACAAUGGCCUCAUCAAGCAGCGACCUGGAACUCCCAGGCCAAUGGCUUGCGGCAGUCGAGGGAAAGCGCUGCUCGAAAAAGCCAUUCGCAACAAUGAACGACUGCAGGGAAGCAGUGUUUUGUCCAGUGCUCGAUCAUGGGGAGUCAAGAUUUUGCAUGUGGAUGAUGUCCUCCGUUAUCUGAAACAUUUAACUCGAGAGAUCUUCAGUACUAAACACAAGAGGGCAGAGAAGACUGGCACUAAACAUCAAGGCUCUCCUGCUGUCAAGGCUUUGGCUUUGAGAUCCCCGUAUCUUAAAAUUGAGGACUUGAGCAGGAAAUACAAGCCUUUGCACAUGCAGUCUAUGACCUUCCCAGAUCUGUACUACGCUGGUCGAUUCAGUCCCUUUGAAUGUCCUCCUCCUCCUCGGUUUGAAAAGAAGACAGAGAUGGAGGAAACCAAAACAAGGGUCAAGAAAGUUGAAAGUAGCAUUCAAGAAAAAUCCCAAAGUAAAUCCCCACUUAGUUGUAACCCUUCACCUUGGCGACCACGCAAAAAGGACACUUCUUACUGUGAAUGCUGCCAACAAUCAUUCACAAAUCUGGAAGAGCACUUGCAGUCCAAUCAGCACCGCACAUUUGUCCUGGAUCCUUCGAAUUACAGCUUGGUGGAUCAGCUUGUGGUUGAAAUGCUUCCAGAAUUUGAUCCAAAUCCACCCCAGCAAGAAGAACUGAGCAGACUUCCAACUCCUUUGCCUAUCCAUGAUGUCUGUGAACUGGAGCCUCUUUCUGAUGCCGAGACGGAGCAUGCUGUUCAGGCGCUGCGGAGACAAGGUUCAUCAUUAAAUACUCACCUUUCCAGCCCUACCAGGGGUCCUCUUCCCUGUCCAGGCCCUGCCAGUCCAUCACCAGGAGUUCAGUUUACCAUCCCAAAUCCAGGCACUCAGCCUGCUGGCGCUCAGUCUUUCAAUCGUGUGACAGACUGCCAGCUGCCUGAUAUGCAUCCUCAGGCUUUGAGUCCAGUCAUGCCUGUAUUAAAACCUGAAGUAGAAGCCCAGGACUCAGUCAAUCAACUGCCUGAAAUUCAACGUCUCUCUCCAUGUCCCCUCUCUGACCCUUUCUCCCUGCCUCCAGUCCUCAGCCCCCAAGUCCCCUAUUCCUACAUUAUAAAUCCUCAAAGUCCUUACUCAGACCCCCCUGUCCUCAGUCCUCAACCAUACAUCACAGAGGAGCCUGUGGAAGGACAAACUGAGGAUGGUGUGUUUACAUUUGUCUCAGCAUUCACAGAUGUUCUGUCCACCCCACCACUUACCUCUGGGGCUGUGACCAAUGCAGGAAGAGCAAAAACAGACAACGUUGUUGAGUUUGCUGGGCUUGUGUGUUCUAACAGAGAUUUGGAGUGCACCACGCGAUCUUCAGGUAGAUCUCUUUCCCUUUCUCGUCUGUCAGAAAUCGCAGUAAACCACAAAAAGCGCUGUCGAUCUGCCAGCCCUGAAUGUAGCAACAGUAAAAGGAUGAGGACAACAAAGACUGGUAACAGUGAUAGCUGGACGGGACAAAAUAUUAAACCAGCAAAACCACAAAGUGACAAUACAGCAAAGACUGAAUGUGCUUUACUCUUGGACAAGCUCCGUUAUGAAAUCUCUCAGUCUUGUCUCAGUUCAACUGUCUCUUCAACAUUUACUACUGUGGAUAUGUUUGGCUUAAAACAGACUUGUAGUACGUUUUGUUUUCCGAGUGCACAGAAUUUAGAUCGAUCCUCUGUCAAAAUUGACCCGGCUGCCACUCAACCAGUCGACUUCCACACUGAUAAAUGUCACAGUGGGUUUUCUAGUCAAGAAUCCCAGCGUUCAGUAUCUCACUCUACCUCAAUCUGUAUCGAGCCAGGCCUCAUCCCAGACCUGGCGAAGCUCUCUCCAUCAUCCUCAGAGUCAGACUGGGACUGUGACCUGCUGUCACAGCUGGGCCCGACCUCAGCUACACCUCUGGCAUCCAUUGAGCAGAACUGUGAGCUCGACAAGGAACUACUCCACAGGCCGUGUCCCUGGAUGCACGACACCAACUACGAGUCACACCUGCAUACUGUCCUUAAGCCAUCAACCCCAUCUGCCUCAAUGUGUGGGGAAGAAAGGGACCCUUUUAGCAGGACUGUGGUACAGAUUGUAGAGGUUCAGCACUGACAGCUAUUUUCUUGACUUUUUUGUGAAAGAUGGGAAGCACAAAAGCCCUUUGUACACUGAAUAAAUAUUUAAAAUUAGGGCUUAAUUUCAGAUUUAAUUGUCUCCUGCAUUAGAUGCUGAUUAGUUUAUCCUACAUCUUCCCAAGAAUUUGAAUCCUGUUGAUGAUCAUGUUCCUCUUGAACCCUCAUUGUGCAUAGUCCUCUUAAUAGUAUUGUGUGUUGUGCUGACUGCAGUCGCUCAGGCAGCUCUGUUCGGGAACUCGUGGCGAUACUGAGAAUUUAAUGAGGCCUUUCUGAAAGGGGGCAUUAUUCAAUUACUGUAAGUGCUGCGCCUGGAUCAGGUCCCACAUAUGCUGGUGUUGAUGGUCAAACAGACGAGGCGUUCACAGGGUGGAGGACUGACGAACUGUGAGCCAAACUACCUGAUUAAUGUCAAAAAGCUCUUCCUGCAUUUUGAGGGUGGGCUAGAGGACUGGCUUUGUCAAGGAGAAGCAAGUUAGGUUUAUUAGAUAUACAGUAUGAGGUCAUCUACCAAUAAAUAUCAUUUUUGGACAUCUUUGAUAUGAUGAAAUGGUCUAGAAAGUCCAGAACUCACUGCUGCUUCUAAACAUGGGGGAAAAAAAAAAGGUCACAAUGUGACAAAGGGAAUGCAACAUGAUUUUUGCAUAUGGAAGUCUGUCAGUUGUCUCUGGGAAUGUGAAUUGAAACCUUGU